AUGCCACCACGCGCAGCCGCUUCCGGAACCAUCAAGAAGCCAGCACCCAAGGCGCCGGCCAGAAAAGACCUUGCUCCAGUUACUUGUCAAAUGAAUGCUAAUUCUUCUCAAGCAUCAAAAGCUGCGGCCUCGAAACCUGCGAAAUCGAAAUCUGAGAUCGUCAAAACUGCACCAAAUAAAAAACGCCAAGAACCCAACGAACCAAUCUCGAGACCUGCGAAAAGGUUAAAAGCUACAGCACUUAACAUUCCUCCGACAAAGAGGCUGGACAUUUAUGUUUGCGGUGACGGCGAGUGUGGUGAACUCGGCUUAGGCGCGAAGCCUAUUGAUGGAAAGAAGCCUACGCACGUCAAACGCCCUCGUCGCAAUAGGCUUCUCGAUGCUACCACGGUCGGAAUAGUUCAGGUUGCCGCUGGCGGUAUGCAUUGUGUCUCUCUCACGCAUGAUCAGAAAAUUGUGACGUGGGGCGUUAAUGACAACGGGGCACUUGGCCGAGAUACAAGCUGGGAGGCACCGACAAGAGAUAUUGACCAGGAAUCCAACUCGGAAGAUUCUGAUGAUGAUGAUGUCGACUUGAACCCGAUGGAAAGCACACCUAUCGCUAUACCCGCAGAAAGUUUCGGUAACUCUGUCCUAACAUUCGUCCAAGUUGUAGCUUUAGACAGCGCUAGCUUUGCGCUUACAAGUGAAGGUUUGGUCUAUGGUUGGGGAACAUUUCGCGCCAAUGAUGGGGUCAUGGGCUUCUUCACAAAGGACGCCAUCGAAGGCGAAAAGAAGAAAAUUGGGGAGAAGAAAUUACAGCGAAAGCCUGUGCAUAUACCCUUUCUAACGAAGAUUGUAUCUCUUGCAGCAGGGAACAAUCAUAUUCUAGCUCUCGAUAAUAACGGAAAAGUCUUCGCAUGGGGCGCAGGAGAGCAAAGCCAGCUCGCUCGUCGCGUUGUAGAGCGAACUCGGUUUGGAGCUCUUACUCCUUGUCGAGUAGCCCUGUCAAAAAUAAAGCAAAUUGCAUGUGGCGCAUACCAUUGCUUUGCCAUUAACGAGAGCGGCCUAGUAUAUGCUUGGGGAUCAAAUAACUUUGGCCAGACAGGCAUUCUAGAUGGGGCAGGACAAGGUGAUGCAACUAUCCUGAAGCCAGGUAUAGUCGAAUCUCUUCGCCCUUAUAAGAUCCGAGAAAUUCAAGGUGGCGAACAUCACUCGAUCGCUUGUACCGAAGAUGGUGAGCUGUUGAUAUGGGGCCGUUGCGAUGAUGGGCAAGCCGGCAUCAAGUUGGAUAAUCAGCCAAAAGAUAGACUUGUCUUUGAUGAAUGGGGCAAGCCACGCAUUCUUAUGCCUACUAUUAUCCCAAGCAUUCACGCAGUUUCGGUUGCUGCUGGGAUUGAUAACUCGUUUGCAGUCACUUUGGAAGGGAAAGCAUAUUCGUGGGGCUUUUCUGCUAAUUAUCGAAAUGGUCAGGGGACGGACGACACCGUGAAGGAGGCCACUUUGGUUAUCUCGGCCGAUAUCAAGGACAAGAAGCUUUCCUAUGCAGGAUGUGGAGGACAAUUUUCUGUACUUGCAGGUCCCGCCGAGAGUUGA